UAUUUUAGAUCCUCUAAAUCCACAGAUCCAAUGGCUGUCCCACCAUCAUACAGCGACUUGGGAAAGUCUGCCAGGGAUGUAUUCAACAAGGGAUAUGGAUUUGGAAUGGUCAAGUUAGAGUUGAAGACCAAGUCUUCCAGUGGGGUGGAAUUCACUGCAACUGGUUCUUCCAACACAGACACCGGCAAGGCUUCAGGCAGUCUAGAGACCAAAUACAAGAUCAAAGACUAUGGACUUACAUUCACCCAGAAGUGGAACACAGACAACACAUUGGGAACAGAAGUUUCCAUGGAGGAUCAGUUGGCUGAAGGAUUGAAGGUGGCUCUUGACACUACAUUUGUACCAAACACAGGGAAGAAGAGUGGAAAGUUGAAGACCUCCUACAAAAGAGAAUAUGUAAAUCUAGGCUGCAACAUAGACAUUGAUCUCUCUGGACCAACCAUCUAUGGCUGGGCAGUGUUGGGCUAUGAAGGCUGGCUUGCUGGUUACCAGAUGGCUUUUGAUACAGCCAAGUCUAAGCUUUCGCAAAAUAACUUUGCCUUGGGAUACAAGGCAGGAGACUUUCAGCUGCACACUAAUGUGAAUGAUGGCACCGAGUUUGGUGGGUCUAUUUAUCAGAAGGUUAAUAAUAAGGUUGAGACAUCAGUCAAUCUUGCAUGGACUGCUGGCAGUAACAACACACGUUUUGGUAUUGCUGCUAAGUACCAGCUGGACGAGAAGACUUCCAUUGUGGCUAAAGUCAAUAAUGCCAGCCUGAUUGGAAUUGGUUACACUCAUGCCCUCCGGCCUGGUGUAAAGCUGACCCUCUCAGGCUUGAUCGAUGGCAAGAAUUUCAGUGCUGGAGGUCACAAAGUUGGGCUGGGAUUUGAGCUAGAAGCUUAAUGCAGCUUUAAGUAAAACAACAGGUGGUGCUCUGGAAGAUGAAGGACAAAUGUACCCAGUGUGUUUCGGCCUUAAUAUUACUCUGAAAUGUCAAGAAGUGUGAACUUUGUACUCUUCCAAAGAAUCAUUUUAACCCAACACUGAAGUCCAGAGAGUGCCAGCACAUCAAAGGAAGAUACUUGAAGGCAUGCAUGGAAUUUGUGAUGUUUGUGCCACAUUUCACUUCAGUUGCCCCUAUUUUAAAUCUGGUCCCAAAAAACAGAAGAAAACCCUACCUCUCCCCGUUAUUGUAUUUGCAUCCUGCAUGUCCUGUAGUUCACAACCUUUUAUAAAAGCUGGUCUCUGUGCUGUAGUGGAAAUUUGGGUUUACAUCAGAAUAAAAUAAAUUGGUCGGUCA